ACGGGGUCCAGUGCAAACGGCGGUCAGUCCGAGCGCUGGAGCUUGCAGGUUCCCGCAGAGCCAGGAUACCCCGACGCCGGCGCCAGCGGCGCCGCAGGACGCCGCCGAGGCCGACGGCGCCGACUGGCACCGGCACCACGCGGCGGCGGCGGCGGCGGCGUUGGUCGGGCACUCCCGGCCGGGUCGCGUCGCGUCGGUGGUGGCCGGCGUCGCGAGAGGCGCGGGUGGCGGGCUCUG